CACUUGGAUCCAAAUCCACUGGAGAAACAAGACAGAAAGUUCUGGAACUACAACUCUUACAGGACUAAAUGCUUAUUGAGCACAGCAGGAGGAAAAAAAUAACAUUCAGCCAUUAAAGGACCCUUUCAACACGGUUUUAAACAGUGACUGAACUCGUAUGGAUUGAUCUUUUUUUUCCUUUGGCUUAUUUUCAGUGUGUGCUCUGCAGCAUAAGAAACGGUCAGGAAACGGUCUCAUUGUCCCUGACAAGGCUUUUCAGACGUUGUUACUGCAACAGCAGCAGCAGCAGCAGUUCUAGCUGUGACUCGUUGACAGAAGUGCUAGUAAUGUCAGGCAGAGUGGUUCCUGUCCUUCUCCUAUCCCUCUAUCUGACUGUGGGUUCAGUCCAGAGCCAGGGUUCCUCCCAGGACGCCUUCAUAAUCCAGUACCUGGAGAGGAGACUGUCUCAGAUGGAGGAGCGUCUGAAUCAAUGUGAGCAAAAGACAGUGAGCGUCACCCAGAAGACCUAUGACCUCUCCUCUGAAAUCAGGAGUUAUCUGUCCACUCUCAGUGUCCUGAGAUCAGAGGUGAGGAGCCAGGUGGACAGCGUGUCUGUGCGUCUUGACAGGGUGGAGAGAGAGUUGGAAUAUCUUGAAAACAAGAUUCCCACCCAGACUGACAUUGAGAUGGAAGAGGCACUGCUGGAACAACAGAUAAAGGCUGCUGAACUGGACCAGCUGAAAAAGAAAGCCACGAUCAGAAUGGAGAAUGACUGCAAAACAGCCCUGAGUCAAAUCAAGUCUCUCAAGAUUGUCAAGAAGGCAGGAGACACCUAUGGUUCCUGGUUCAAGGACCCCUCUGAAGGAUCAGCUAAGGUCUACCUGCUCAGUGGGAUUAAUAACAACACUCUGCUGGAGUACAUAUCUCUGUCCAGUUUCACAGAGAGCACCAGCACACCACCAGUUAAGGUGGUGCAGCUGCCUUUCCACUGGAAGGGGACAGGUCAAGUGGUCUACAAUGGAUUCCUCUACUACCACAAGGCAGACACUCCCAACCAGAUACUGAAGGUAGACCUAUUGAAUGGUACAGUGGUGGACAGUACACUGGUUCCAGGAGCAGGUCGUCUACCGGUCUACAAUCUGAACCCCAACACCUACCUGGACCUGGCUGUGGAUGAACUUGGUCUCUGGGUCAUCCAUGCUGACCCUGAGUAUGGAGGAAACCUGGUCAUCACCAAACUGGAUAAAGGAAGUUUGGCAGUAGAGUAUACCUGGGAUACACAAUGUAGAAGCCGUGAUGCUGAAGGAGCCUUCCUAAUAUGUGGGACUCUCUAUGUGGUCUACAACACACGCUAUGGAGGUCGCUCCACCAUACAGUGUCUCUAUGACAUCCAUGACACCAUCCACAGUGAUGAGAGUCCUGUAAUGUUCUUCCCAAAGCGCUACACCAGCCACAGCAGCAUCCACUACCACCCCGGAGACAAACAGCUGUACGCCUGGGACGACGGCUACCAGACAAUAUACAAAGUGGAAACACGCAGAAAUGAUCAAGUCACUGCAGAAUGAAGAGGAUCUAUGGUGUUACUCUUUCUAAACUUGUGUUAUCACUUCCAAGAAUCCUAAAGGAUGCAAUAAACGUUACGUGUAAAAGCAUCAAUUGAGGAAACGUAUCAAUGACUGGCUUAUAAUCAACUGUUGUUCAGUAUAGUGAUCAUUUGCUGGCAAUGGAUGCUACCCUUAUCACUUUUAAUCAUUAUAGACAUAAAGAUCUUGUCAAACCAAAGGCAUUUUAUACAUCAUGAAGGCUUUAUAUUUUGUAUCACCACAAUAAAGAACGUUAAGUGUCAUGUG